AUGGUGGCUGCUUUGGGAGAAACCACCUCCAUGUUGCCACCCUUUGCUCUAGUCUCCCUACGUGAUAAGAUGUUGAAAGAUAAAACUGGUCGUAGAAUCCUGAGAGAUAAACCUGUCAUAAAUUCAAGUACAGUCGAUAUUGUGGCAUUGCGUCGAUUACCCGACGGAUCGUUUGGUCGAGAAUACGUAAGAUUUUUAGACGAUCAGAAAGUAUCGCCUGAUACGCGUGUCAAGGUCCAUUUCAUAGAUGAUGAAGAACUAGCCUACGUCAUGCAAAGAUUUCGUGAAUGUCACGAUUUCUUUCAUACUCUUACAAAUCUUCCCACUACGGUCGAGGCUGAACUAGCACUCAAAUGGUUUGAAAUGAUGCAAACGGGUUUACCGGUAGCUACAAUUUCAUCUUUCUUUGGACAUUUUAGUCUAACGCAUGAAGAAAGAAAGCGUCUGUUUGAGAAAUACGUUCCCUGGGCGUUGCAAUGUGGGUUACAGAGUAAAUUGUUAUUGAACGUUUACUUUGAGGAAUGUUGGGAUAUGAAGCUGGAUCACUUAAGAAAGGAUUUAGGCAUAUUGGCAAUAAAAUAA